AUGUUAUCAAGUAUUUUGAUUGUCCUCUUUUUAUUCGAUUGCUGUCAAACGGACUUGGUAGAAAAUAGAAGAGAAUAUGGCUUACGAUUCAAACAAGCAAUUGUCGAUGCCAUGAAGAGAAUCGAUGAUCUUGCGAUCAAUUGUCCACCUACUAGUUUUUUCUACAAUGGUUCGUGUUAUUUUUAUCUACCACCGAAACAAUUGGACACUCUGAAUGGAAUCGGCUUGGGCGAUGUAUCCGUUGACGAAGCUUCUGCACGGUGUCGUUUCUUCCGUGCAAAACUUUGGGAUAUCGAAACAGUGAAUGAAUUUGAUUAUGUUAUUGGACGGAUCUACAAUCAAAUGCAAUCAUUUGAUAGUCCUCGUAUUGCUGUUAAUUUCACACAGGGAAAACAUGUAUUGAAACUUUACAAGAGAAUGGGCGAGCAGCAGUUUUUAACAGUUGGUAACAUUAAUGAUUAUUCAUUGAUUUAUAAAUCACUACCUGAUGUACCGGCAGCAAAUACAUGUUUGAUUAUUGAUAUUAGCAAAGCAACUCGACGAGUAUCUUUAGAAGAGAAGUUUCGUUUAGAACGUCGAAGUAAUCACUAUGUUUGUAAAAUGAAAAUCAAUAGUUGCUAUAAUAAUACACGCUGUGGACGGCAUGGAACAUGCAAAAAUUUGAUCGUUAAAUACACAUGCAUAUGCAAUUUUAUGUACACAGGAGAGUUCUGCGAUAAAUUGAGCAGUUACAGUGUUCAGUCGAUUAUUGGCUUGAUAUUUAUCUGUUUAGCAAUCUUAAUUCUCUUCUUUCAUUCGAUUUUCGAUGGUUCACAUCGAUUGAAAGAUACAAAACAAGACCUCGCUCAUAGAAAAAAUUUGAUGUCGACUGUCAAUACUCAUCGUUUGUCGCGAGACAAAUUCUACGCAAUUCCGAAUGUUUCGUCCGACCAAUUGAUUCUUGAAGAUGGCAUGAAGAAUCCCGCUUUUGCCAAUGAUCACGACUCGUCGAAUAUUGCCAUUCAUUUACCACAUACCGUUGUUCAUCUUCGUCGCUACUCAUCAGUUUCAUCGACAACAACUUCAUCAUCUACGUCAACAGCGAUCUUCUUUCGUCAUACAUUCUUCUACUACUUUUGGCGUUUUUUGAUCGGUUUUCUGACGGUUUUGUUCGCAACAUUCUGCUGUCAUACUAUCUAUGUGUUUAAAGUUCGACAUUUGCAUGCGUACAAACAACUACACAAUAUUACCGACGAAGAGACAUCACGCGUGUGUCGCCUAUUUCAAUCAAGCUUAAGUUUAUACUACAAAAUUCCGGCGAACUAUAUUUCUAUGGGCUUGUUAGUUCUGCUAAUUCUCAAUCAAUUCUUCUUCGAGAAUUUUAUAUCGAGAAAAAAUUCAACAGCAAAAACGUUUUGGCAACAUUUUUCAAUACCUAUGAUAUUUAAUUCUCAUUCUCAUAUCUAUCGUUUUCAAUCGGCAGCUGUCUUUGGUAUCAUCGCAUUGGAUAUUCUUCACAUCUUCGAUGAAUAUAUUGUCCAUGGUGCAAAACAUUUUCGAAAUGGUCCCUUAAUCGAUCUGAUAAUUCAAUUUGGUAUGGGUUUAAUGUUAGGUUUACGAUAUUUUCCAAUCCUCGCGAUCUUUGAAAAGGAAAAUAUUCAAGAGAAUCGACUGGAAAAUCGCAUUUCAUUCGCACUAGCAAGCGUUUAUCUCUGGUGCGAAAUGAUUCUCAAAGCUACGGCUGACAUCAAUUGUGCUUUCGAUAAAACCAAACUAUCAACCAUCAAGAAUACAUUGGAAAAAUUAAACGAAAUCGGUAUCAACGUGAAACAGUAUUUCAUCGAACAAUUAGGUCCCAAUCGAACCGACGCGUUGAACGAAACAUAUCAAGAUGCGCGUACUUGGUACCAUACUAAAAUUGACAGUCUAACAGCCAAUCUGACUUACGAUGAUACAUACGAAGUGGAAAAUGAGUUAAUGCGUUUAAAUUACUCAUUAGAAUUGAAUAAACAAAGUGUCCUGUACAAUGUCUUGCGCAAUGCACCGUAUUAUUAUUUUAUUAGUUAUUUAGCGGUUUGCUUAACCAUUCUUUUUCUCAAAUCACUCUUUGUUAAGGAUCACAAGAUGUUUUCCUAUAAAUCUCUUGCUCGUUGGAAGUAUGUUAAAUACAAUCUAUUGAAAACAUCGAAAUUCAUCCAUUCGGAUAAUCAACAUGAGUAUUCACGAUUAUUUCGCUGUUUAAAUUCGAUCAUCUUCGUUCUUAAGCGGCAUAUUUACACCAUCCGUCCAUAUUUUCGCUACUCAAAAUUAAUCGUCUGUAUCUAUGUCAGUGCAUUUACACUCGUCUAUUACUUCACAUUCUGGAUCCAAGAUCAUACUUACAUUUUAACGAAGAAGUUACUACUGUUUCUGAAUUUGAUUCUAUGUGGUCUAGCCGAUCUAUCGAAAGAUUUAUGUUACAAUCUAAGUUUAACACGCAUCAACCGAGAUAUAAGGUAUAUUUGUUUAUCAACAGCUGGUAUUACAUUCAUUCAAUUAUUCUUUGGUUUGAAACAUUAUCAAACACAAAUGUGCAACGCAUAUCGAGGAAUAUUCGAAGAUAUACCUCAGGCGAAACAAAUCUCAUCAGUAACCAUUGUCAGUCGCUCCGUCCAUUAUCCAGGCAGAUUUAUGGGCUCAAUGAUUUACAGUUACGGUUUCUUGUUUCUAUUUGUUUCGAUCUUUUAUAUACUUGGCCGUUACAUAUUCUUUUCGUUGAUUGUUAUGGAAUUCGCUUCGAAGAUCUUUUUGCCAAUGCUGAUUUUCUUCUUAUUUCAAUUAUUGUUCGUUCGUCUGCUAUGUAAAUUAUUAUUUGUUCAAAAUCGUCAUUUACUCGCAUUGAGAAAUCUUCGCUUGUACUAUACAUUCUCAUAUUUUAGUUUCUUUUUCGAUUGCUUUCUUGGUUUUAUUAUGUGUUUAUCGCGCAUAUCCAAAGGCUUCCUAUGUACAUUAGUCUUUUUCGCACGAUUAGACUAUUCAGCAUACGGCCGAGGUUUAGAAAUGUAUGAUACAUCCUAUGCGUCAUACGUGAGCUUCUUUCAUAUUGAAAGAAAUCAACGACAUCCUGUUUUGAAUGUUUUCAUCGAUGUUGUUCGACAACGACUGAUUGACAUACGAAAAUUCAAAUUGCGGCUAUCGAAGGAACGAGUAAAUGAAACAUACGACAAGGAAAGAUCGGCACAAUUGGCACGAUUUCGCUGGGCAUUGGCGUAUACAUUGAUUCACAAUGAACAACUGAAACGUUUUCGAAAGCAUCGAUUACGUACGACAAAAACGAUACAAUCGAGAACAUUGGAACGCAUAUUUGAUAAAAUUGGACUGUCGCAGACACUACCACGAAAAUAUUGA